ACGCACAACAUUUUUACACCGAUACAGGAGAUGUAGGAGCAGGCUUGUGUCUGUGUGAGAGAGUUGCGGAGCUAACAUUCCCGCCGUGAGAGGAGUCUUCGCUGUGAAUUUUAAAUCUCUGUUUCCGUUGGUUGCCCUCGCGCUGUCCCUUCCCCACCCCCACAAUGCCGCGCGCGCCCGCUGACGGUUGUUUGAAUCUCGGCGGCGCCAUGUCCGCCAGGCCGCUGAGGAUAUUGGCUUGUGGAGAUGUUGAAGGAAAACUGGAUGCAUUAUACAACAGAGUGCGAUCAAUUCAGAAGAAAAGUGGAGAUUUUGAUUUGCUGUUGUGUGUGGGGAAUUUCUUUGGAACUACAGCAGAGGCAGAGUCAGAAUGGGCAGAAUACAAAUCUGGAGCCAAGAAGGCUCCCAUACAGACAUAUACAUUGGGAGCUAACAAUCAGGAAACCACAAAAUAUUUCACAGAUAAAGAUGGGUGUGAAUUGGCAGAAAACAUUACUUAUUUAGGUCGUAAAGGUGUUUUUACAGGUGCGUCAGGUUUGCAGAUUGCUUACUUGAGUGGUACGGAGGCUCAUCAUGAACCUGCUCCUGCUUAUUGCUAUACAUCAAAAGACAUGAUUGCGCUCAAGAGCUUACUAACCACCAAUUCCAAAUUCAAGGGUGUGGACAUUCUGCUGACAUCACAGUGGCCAAAAGGAGUGUGGCAAUAUGGGAAUAAUCUGGAAGGUAUUGAUACAAAAUCAUGUGGUUCCAUCUCUGUCUCUCACCUUGCUUUUGCCCUAAAGCCACGAUAUCAUUUUGCUGCAUUAGAAGGUGCCAAUUACGAAAGAUUACCUUACAGAAACCAUGUGAUACUACAGGAAAAUGCACAGCAUGUCAGCAGGUUCAUAGCACUGGCAAACCUCAGCAAUUCUAGUAAGAAAAAGUACUUGUACGCAUUUAACAUAAUGCCCCUGUGUGCAAUGGAUCCAACUGAACUUGUAAAACAGCCAUUGGAUGUAACUGAAAGUCCAUAUAUGAAAAUGAUGAAGGAAUUUCAAAAGACAAAUACAGAGGAAACUGCAACAGUAAGUGGAGAGAAUCAGUUCUUCUUUGACUUAAGUAAAAAAGCAGGAAAGAAGAGAUCAUCUGAAGGAGGAAGACCUUCACCUCAUCAAUCAAAACAGCCGCGAACGAUACCUCAGCCCACAGGUCCUUGCUGGUUCUGCCUUGCUAGUCCCGAAGUAGAAAAGCACUUGGUUAUCAGUAUUGGUACACAUUGUUAUAUUGCCCUUGCAAAAGGUAGCUUAACCCCUGAUCACGUACUCAUUUUACCUAUUGGGCACCACCAGUCAGUGGUAGAGCUUCCUUCAGAAGUCAUAGAAGAAGUACAGAAGUAUAAACUGGCUUUGAAAAAGUUUUACAAGAGCAUUGGGAAAAGGUUUGUAAUGUUUGAAAGAAACUACAGGAGUCAGCACCUACAGUUGCAGGUGGUUCCUGUACCUAUCCAAAGUUGUACAACUGAGGACAUUAAAGAAGCUUUUAUUGUACAAGCAGAGGAACAGAGGAUGGAGCUAUUGGAGAUCCCUGAACAUUCUGAUCUCAAACAAAUAAUUCAACCUGGAUCAGCAUAUUUCUAUGUUGAGCUAGACAGUGGCGAAAAGUUGUUGCACCGAAUCAAGAAACACUUUCCUUUACAGUUUGGCAGAGAGGUUUUGGCAAGUGAAGCUGUCCUAAAUAUGCCAGAUAAAGCCAAUUGGAGGGAAUGUAAAUACAGCCGAGAAGAUGAAGAAGAAUUUGCUAAGGUUUUCAGGAAUGGUUUUCAACCAUAUGAUUUUUCAUUGCUUGACUAACUUAAGAUUAUAUUGCAUUUAAAUUAUUUUGAAUGCUUUCAAUAGCACAGGUUGAUGUAAUCUCAGAAUUGUUUACUUUGAUACAGAUAUAUAUUUUCAUCUACAGAACUGCAGUUGUGAACAUUCAGUGGACCUUAGAAAAUAAUGUAUAUAAUUGUUUUCUGAUUAAACUCACACAACAAAAUGAAUCUGAUAUUUUACAAACAUUUUUAAAAUUUAGUCCCUCUCCUUCCACUAAUGUAAAUAUAUUGACUCAAAUAAGAACAUUUUUUUAAAAAGUUGCUAUUGGAAUGUGGUGGCUCAAUGUGAUUCUGGAAAUUGCAAUUUUUACUUAUUGGGUGAUAGAUGUAUUUUUACUACAAUUUAAAUUAAAUUGUAUGGAUUUGUUUUUUAGGAAAACGGUGUACAGUCUGUGCAGUAGACUUGCUGAUAUAUUUUCCCAAUUCAUGAUUCAUGUGAUUUUGAUGAAACAAUCCAUUUUAGGUAUUUUGUUACAUGGUCCAGUACAAAGCCUUUGUUUGUAAGAUAUUUUAGUACACUUCAUGGGAUACAUGUAACUGUAAUGGUCAGAAACAUCCACUUAAGAGUCAUUUACUUUUCUGUUCUUAAUAGUGAAUUAAAGCUUUAUUGAAUGUGACAUUAUUCAACACAGUUUAUAGACUCUGUCCUGUUCACUUUCCUAACUAGUUUUCACAUUCUUUUGUAAACUUUUCCUAUUUUGGAUAUAUCAUAAAAAUGAAAACGUUUUAAAUUGCAGACUUUCAAUAUUACAGCCAAAUAGUUGAAUAUGUAAAAUGUUGACAUUAAAUCAUAACUAUUCCAACACACACAUCAUAACUAUAUCUCUUUGCAACACCUUUCUCGUUAACCCACUAAAUAAGAAAGGCGCCAUUUUUGUUCUCUGCGGUCUAUUGUGUUUUUCCUUCUGUAUAAUAUAUUCUAACUAGAUUAGUUCUGAUGUAGAAUUAAACUCUACUUUGUGACCAGACAUCCUCAAACUGUAACUAGUGAAAGGAGAAAAUGUUCUGUUCAAACUCUGUUUCAUUUUGGAUACGCAAUAAAGCACAGAUGGAGCCA